AUGGCACCUGCGUCCCUGGCAAGUCUGCCGGAUGACCUGUUGCUCGCCAUUGUCCAGCACGUCGACACCGCCCGAGGCACGUCGCAUCUCGGCCUCGUCUCCAAGCACACGCACCACGUCGUCCAGCAGGCGGGCUGGAAGACGUUUGUCAAGACGAGAUUCCCGUCCCUCCAGGUGCCACGCGGCGACGCGCGGUCCUGGAGCAGCGUCGCCGACUUACUCUCCUACCUCGACCGCUGCUGGGACAAGCGCGCCAUCCGGCUGAGCCUGUUCAGAAGCCAGAACCAGCCCGCGCCGCGCGGGAAGGCCGCCGCCGCCCGACGGCCACGGCAGGCGAUUGACUUUCACGGCGUCGUCGACGCCCUCGACGUGCCGUCCCUGGGGGGGGAGGUGGUUGCCUGGGGAGGCGGCGAGGACGUCCACGUGCGGUGGCGCGACGACUCGGAGCAGCGGGCGAGGCAGCAGGCGUGGAGGAGCAUCCUGGGACGGGACGCCGGGUACGCCCCCGGCACGGGCGAUGCCACGUGCCUCAAGGUCAUGGAGCGGCGCGCCGGGCUGCCCGAGGUCGUGGUCGGACGAGCCAACGGCGACGUGCAGAUCCUCUCGGCCGCAAACGACGAGUCCUUUGGCCAGCCGACCGAGGCCGCCGGCGGGCUGGACGCGGACGCGGACGCGGACGGGGACGGGCGACGAGAUGCGCGUCCCCGGGCGCCGCCCUCGGGCAUCUCCCCCGGCCGCAUGGCCGUCGUCUGCGCGGAAUGGCAUCCCGCCGCUGACGUGCUGGCCACCUGCCGCGGCUCGCGUCUUCACCUGCGCCGCAUCCCCCUCGAGAGGGAGGCCGGUGCUCCCGAGCCGCCCGCCUUCCACGACAUGUCGAGGGACGGCGGCCGCAGCGGCCGCAGCAUCAGCACCCAGGAAUCCCUGAUCCGGGACGUCAAGUUCCUCGGGGGGACCGGCAUCGCCGUCGCCUUGGGCGCGAGUUCCCAGCCCAUCCGGCACGGCACCAUGCGCCCUACCGGCCUCGAGUUCGCGCCCGCCUCGCACAGCCCCGACGUGACGACGGUGUGGUCGAUGCAGGCCGUCGGGCACCGGCACAACAGCAACCUGCUCCUGAGCUCCUGGCACGACGGGUCCUUCCGCCUCAUGGACGUCCGCUCGCCGUCGCCCUACGACGCCGUAUACAGGGAUACCUUCCAGCCGUACCACGCCGGCGGGCCUCUGCUCGUCUACGGCACCGAGCGCUUCGUCUCGGGGAACAACACCGCCCCGGCGCUGAGGUUCUUCGACUUCCGCUUCCCCAAGCCGUACUUUCACUCCACGGCCCUGCCGUGCUCGCCGCGCAAGCCGCAGCCCACGCCCGUGUGCUCGUCGGGAGAGCCGCCGGAGGAGGAGGAGACCGCGGCGUGGAGGUGCGAGCCUGGCAACGGCCGCCGCUGCACCUGGCACGCGGCCAUGGAGUCUCCCUGCUUCAGGCAGGACAGCACGCUCUGGCUGGGGCGCCGCGGCCUGGACCGUGUCUUUUCGCUGGCAAAGGCGUCCGACGCUUCCGACAGGUUCUACCUCGGGCUUCGGGGGGCCAUUGCGGAGGCACAGCUCGUCCUGGACGAGGACGUGCCUGCUCGUCGGCCCAGUGUGCCCCCUUGCCCGGCCGGCUGGCGCGUGUCGGAGGCGCCCGACACCACCAUGGCCGACACGGGUAUCAGCCUGUGCGCGAGCAGUGUGCACGACGCAUCGCAUGGGGAUUUCCACAACCGCAUGCCCGAGAUGCUGUAUCACUACCGUGGGCAGACGAACCAGCGCUUCUGUGAGCUGCUGGACCCCCCGGAGGGGACGCGGUUCGAUACCGCCUGGCGCAGGGCGCAGAUGCCGGGGUUGCUUUCCAGGAGCACUUGA